GUUCCUUCCUCCGUGAACUCAGGUCGGGGACCGGUGGUGGGUCUUGGGAAGGGGAGCAGUGAGUAUUGCUAGGCGGACACGGCUCGAUGAAGAGAGAUCUAAGAAAGGACCGGGACUGGCGGGAGAAAGUGAACUGAAAGGAACCUGCUCUACGACUGCAAUCAAACCAGAUGCCUUCUUUCACUUCACCAGACCAAGGAGAUGACCUGGAGGCCUGUGUUUUAAGAUUUUCCGACAUAGAUUUAAAAGACACAAGGCUUAUCAAUCCCAGUAGCAGUCUCAAAGCAGAGUUAGAUGUCAGUACAAAGAAGAAAUACCCGUAUGCCAAGAAAAAGGCAUUUGCCCUUUUCGUCAAAACCAAAGAAGUUCCAGCAUGUCCUCUUGAAUGUAAAGAAAAAUGGUGGCGAUGCUGUCAGCAGCUCUUCAGAGACCGGAUCAGCAUCCACAGACACGUGGCAACACAGCAUGCUGAUGAGAUUUGCCACCAGACUGCUUCUGUGUUACAGCAGCUGGCUGUGACAUUGAACACCUCAAAGAGCCUUAAGUCUGAGGACAAUAGGAUCCCUCUACAAGAGGACUUCUGUAAUCCUGAUGUGUCUGUUUGGCUUCCUGAUAUAAGCUGCUUUAGCCCUGAUGAGCUGAUAAGCGGCCAGGGCAGUGAUGGAGGAGAGGUGCUGCUUUAUUACUGCUACCGUGACCUGGAGGACCCCCACUGGGUGUGUGCCUGGCAGACGGCUCUGUGUCAGCUCCUGUCCCUCACGGGCAAGGUUCGAAUUGCUACAGAAGGAAUCAAUGGGACAGUUGGUGGAAGCAAACUCGCCACCAGACUCUAUGUGGAAGUCAUGCUUUCCUGCCCAUUGUUUAAGGAUUAUAUGUGUAAGGAUGAUUUUAAGACCAGCAAAGGAGGGGCUUGCUGUUUUCCAGAAUUGCGUGUUGGUGUAUUUGAAGAAAUUGUGCCCAUGGGGAUCAGUCCCAAUAAGAUCUCCUACAAGAAGCCUGGAAUCCAUUUAUCCCCAGGUGAAUUUCAUAAAGAAGUAGAAAAAUUUUUGUCUCAGGCAAAUGAAGAACAAAGUGAUACUAUCUUACUGGACUGCAGAAACUUCUAUGAAAGCAAAAUAGGAAGAUUCCAGGGCUGCUUAGCCCCAGACAUCAGGAAAUUCAGUUACUUCCCUAGCUACAUUGACAAAAAUCUGGAACUUUUCCAAGGGAAGAAGGUGCUGAUGUACUGCACUGGGGGCAUCCGGUGUGAGCGGGGUUCAGCCUACCUCAAGGCCAAGGGCGUGUGCCAGGAAGUGUUCCAGCUCAAAGGGGGCAUCCACAAGUACCUGGAGGAGUUUCCUGAUGGUUUCUACAAAGGGAAGUUGUUUGUUUUUGAUGAGCGCUAUGCCUUAUCCUACAACAGUGAUACAGUGUCAGAAUGUUCAUACUGUGGAGCCCCAUGGGACCAGUAUAAACUCUGCUCAACUCCCCAGUGCCGCCAGCUCAUCUUGACCUGCCCUGCUUGCCAACAACAAGGAUUCACAGCCUGUUGUGUCACAUGUCAAGACAAAGGGAGGAGGUUGGCUUUGAGUCCCACCCAGAACAGCUUUAAAGAGGAAUGUGAGUGUACUGCCCGACGGCCACGCAUACCCAGCGAGCUGCCACGGCAGGUGCGGCUCCCUGUGAGCCCCGAGCCGAGGCCAGAUAUUGGUGAGGAUGGGCCACGCGUAUGUGAGCAGAAGCAGCACUUCCUCAGGCCUGCACAAAGCUAGUUCACAGUGACCACACAUUGGAAAAUAUCAGAGCUGCAGCAGCAAAAAAACUUGAACUUGAAUGCUGGUUUUGCCAGCAUCGUAAACUGGGUACCAUAUUGGCCACUUAAGCUUCAGAGGGGCCGGGAAGAGGGGGUAGGGUGCUGACAACUUACCUGAGACAUUUGACUCAGAAGAUGCCUGGACACAGGAAAAGGUGAGCUGUGUAGGAUCCCAGUGCUGCUGGGGGAGAGAGCCUUGAGCCUGGUGACCAGGUCAUGCCCUUUCUGUGCCAUGCAGCAGGCUGGUAAUAGUUACUUGUCUCGUCAGCAAACCGGUUGAUCCUGGUGGCAAGAGCAUGAAAGCUAUGGCCUUGGAGGGGGACUCCUCAGAAGCAGGCCAUUCCUGCUACCUACCAUCACCUACCAUCCGCUCCUACCCUCAUCCCUAAAUCAGGAUCUGCAGAUUAGGGCAUUUGACUGGCCUUCUGGUUUUGUAAAGUUUUAGUGGAAUAGCCACACCCGUUCAUUUGAAUACGAUCUGUGGCAGAAUUAAGUAGUUACAACAGAGACCACAUGGCCUGCAGAGCCAAAAACGUUUGCGAUCUGGCUCCUUUAUGGAAAAAAAUAGCCAUCCCCUGGUCAAAACCCAGCAGCUCACCCGAUGGAGCAGGUGAUCUGAAAGGUGGCCCACCGUCAUUGUUUUAUUGAUUUGGUUUCUCUGAUCGAUCUCCCCCUAAGAGUCCCUGUUUCCCCCCAAUACCCACACUCUUAGCUUUUAAGUACAGUCUUUGAGAAAUUCAUAUUAGCUUGAGGACCCUGAUGUUUGGGCAGUUUGGACGUGAACGUGCCGGGAUAUAAACACAUUCGGAGUGAGGCCAUUCGGCAUUGCUGGGGUAGUCUCCCGGCCUCUGGCCAACGUGUCAGGCGCAUGUCCGUGUCACACGAGCCACAAGAAACACAUACACGACCAUCCAUAGACCAACAGAUUUAAUAUUAUAUUGCAGUUUCCAGUGAUGCAGAAUGUUGCCGCAGUUGUGUUUCAAGAAGCCUAGUGGGGCUGGCCAUCCCAGCAUCGUGGUGCCACUCCCGGCCCGCCCGCAGCCUCAGUAGACAUUCUUCCAUCUCGGGGAGGCCCUGGCUGCACCUCCGGUUACCCUGCACUGGCCGCGUCAUUACAGUUCAGUGUGCAAGACUUUUCCUUUCUCGUCAAAAGCCUCUGCUUAGUGCUCUGCAGCUUGGUUUGCGCUUGUCAGAUCUUUGGCCUGUCCUUUAUCAUAAGAUUUGCUGAAUCACUCAGGAAAAUAACUCCCAAGCAACAGACAUGCUAGUUUAACUGGCACUGUGGUAUAUUAAAAGGCACAAGGGCAUAGUGGCUUAACAUUUUUGCUGGAUCCCAAGAGAUGAACAUGAUGUUAAAAAGGGAUCUGGCAGAAACACCAUAAUUACAUUUUCAGAAUCAUCAUCUUGGGAUGGUUUGGCCAGGGUUUCCUAAUUCUUUAAUAUCUGGAUUUUCUUCACCGUUGGCCUUCAGAGGCUUUCUUUUCAGGCAUGAGAUCAGUGGUGACUUAUCUAAUGAGUGUCGUGACACAUGGUUGAAAUCUGUAAGCAUAGCCGCGAUGGACUAGAAAUUUCUCUAGUGUUUUACCUCACGUUAGCCAUCAGACCACCGUGCAAUGUGGAAUGGUUGUUUUCAAGUAUUUGGCCAUAGGUUUUCACAUCGUUGCGGAUGACAUUCAGUAAGGAAAAAAUUCUUUCCGAUUCCAAUAUCAAAUUGUAAAUAAAUCCCAGAUGUUCGUAAAGAACACUCAGGGAAAUGUUUGUUGCCUGGGAUUGGUAAAGAAAGGACGGUUUUUGAAACCUGAAAUUUCACCAUUGGCUUUUUCAUCAUUUCCUCGCAUCCAGCAAAAGGAAUCUCACAUUCCUGGAUUCCUGGCAGAGCUCUGUGGCUUCGAUCUCUCUUUCUUGAAGGGCGGAAUUGUGUUCCUGACCCAGUAAUCAUUUUGGCAACUUUAAUCUUGAGGUUCUUCAAAUUUAAAGGAGGGUUAAUAGAGAACGAUGAUCUGUUUGCUAAAUACUAAAAUCAAAUUCAUAAUAAAGUAUUUUAUAAUGCGUCUCA